AUGAUUCCUGCCUUCAAACUGCUCGCCGUAUUCCUCAAACAGGUAUCGAAGCCUUUGGCGUCGUACCUAAAGAAACGGGCGAGUCGCAACGAUAGAUUCCGCAGGAUAUGCAUAUCGAUUGGCAACAGAAGCUAUGCCUUCGAUAGAUAUAUCACGAGGAGGUUCUACAACGCUGAGCAAGGAGAACCUGAUACCACUCCCUGGAUAUCGCCGGAAAAAUCGGUUGUAAUAGGCACCGAGCUCUUUGGAGAAAUCAUCGUGUUCACCGUUGCUACGCUGCUGGUCCUCUCCGAAUAUGCCCGUGGAGUGCGCAAAGAGGCCAAAAAAGAGGCAAAGCUGCAGGAACGUCUAGGCACGCUGGAAUCGAAGCAUGCAGCAAUUCCACACCUCAUCCGGGACGAGGUUAGCCGGCAAUUGGCGCAGAAGUGGAACGAGCUGGAAAAGCGCAAAAACGAAACGUCACACAAUGCGGCAUAG